AUGUCUAGCUCUGAUGUGUUGGCAUCACUUCGAGCUCACACCGUCGUGAAUGCUACCGUUAGAGUUGAAAUUGAAGCUCCACACCAACCAGAGCUCUCCAAUUCAAUCUAUGAUCCUCAAUUCGCUGGAUCUUCAUCAAUAUUCAACCCAGAAAAAGAAUUUGAAGGAUACGGAAGAUGGGCCUUUGAUGAUGGAUCAAUUGGAACAGAAGAUCGAAAGAUUAGACACGGAUUCGUCGGAUGCUGGACGUCGGAUGCUGGACGUCGGAUGAUUCCGAUGGCGAUCACACAGGUAAAAUGCGAACGGAUUGUUCGCGAAUCACCUGUGCACAUGGAGAUUGAGGAGGAAGCAUUGAUGCAUCCAACGUUCGAAGAAGCUUGUGGAAUGCACUCGACGAAGUACAUUUCUGAUGACGCUGUUGAUCGGGUUCAAAAAAUUCGACACUGGAAAAAGAUCAAGAAAGAUGAGAGGAGCCAAUGGACAGAGCUGUGGAGGAGAAUGGUGGCGCUUCAGAAAAAGCAACUUGAAGAUGGAAUUGUAAAUUGUAGAAGAUGUUAA